AUGAAAAUUAAUAAGCUACGUAUUCAAUAAGGGUAGAAAAAGAAAAUAAAAAUAGAAGGAAGAAAUAAAGAUAAAAUCAGAAAUAAUAAAGGAAAAAGAACAGCACUUGAUAAAUUGAAGCACUCAUUCUUCAGAAAUAGACAUUAAAAUAGACACAUUUCUGGCAAAAAAUUUUGAGAAUUCAAGAUAUCCUACCAAAUGCUUCAUAGGUAAUGCAAACUUAGCUCAUCAAAUCUCUGAUUUUCCCCUAAAAUAUUUGUUUCUUUGCCAGCCUUAUAUCUCAGUAAAUUAUAACACCAUCGAAGUCAAAACCCAAGAGUUAUCCUUGACACCUCCGUCUCUCUCAGUCCCCACAUUCAAUCCAAUAUCAGGAUAUGUCUCUUCUAUAUCUGUAGUGGUGACAUAUGGAGUUCAUCACCUCAACAUUUUCACCUUCCUUUUCUCUUGAAAACUGUCCCUUACUCUCACUCAGAAGUACUUUCUCUUUUCCUUUUUCUGUCUAUUUCCUUUUUUCCUUUCUUUCCUCUUUUACUCCCUUCAUUUGCUCCUAUUUUUCCCUCAGGUGCAGAGAUUUGAGGCAGUCCUGCUGUUCAGUUCACAUUAUCAUCGACAAGGCCUUUCUCAUUUUAUCUUUUUUUCCUUCAUUCCAAUUCCCAGUCAUGUUCCUUCCCUCUUCCUUCAGUAGCCACUCUAAUGUGUUUGAUAUAUGUCCUUGGAUAUACAUGUAUCUUUGAAUAAUAUAUAGUAUUGUUUUAUAUAUGUAUGUGUUUUAAAUGUACAUAUUUGAUAUUGUGUUAUAGAAAUCAUUGUUUCAUGUUUCUGUAAAUACUUCUAUUGCAUAGUAUUGUCUUAAAUGACCUCACACCCUUGGCCACUGGUCCUGGGCCUAGAUGGGCCAAUCAGAGUCCCUACCCAGAAUUUUUUUUAACUGAAACUAAGAAAAAAAGAAAAUCCCUCUCCAGUUUGGAAGCCGUAAAAUGUAAAACACAGGAGCUGUCAGCAGCCAUGUGUCCUGCCAUGCGGAACCAGCUGGUCUGCAGUGAAAAGAAUGAAGCCGACAUGCAGAAAGCAGCAGAGAACCAUGUGUGAUCAGUACUGCAUCUCCUUUGCUGAUGUUGAGAAAGCACAUAUCAACAUUCGAGAUUUUAUCCACCUCACACCAGUGCUAACAAGCUCCAUUUUGAAUCAAGUAACAGGGCGCAAUCUUUUCUUCAAAUGUGAACUCUUCCAGAAAACUGGAUCUUUUAAGAUUCGUGGUGCCCUUAAUGCAAUCAGAGGCUUGAUUUCUGCCACUUCAGAAGAGAAGCCCAAAGCUGUUGUUACUCACAGCAGUGGAAACCAUGGCCAGGCUCUCUCCUAUGCUGCCAAAUUGCAAGGGAUUCCUGCUUAUAUUGUAGUGCCCGAAACAGCUCCCAACUGUAAAAAAUUGGCGAUACAAGGCUAUGGAGCCUCUAUAGUAUACAGUGAACAAAGCGACGAGUCCAGAGAAAAUGUUACAAGAAGAAUUGUGGAAGAAACAGAAGGCAUCAUGGUACAUCCCAACCAGGAGCCUGCAGUGAUAGCUGGGCAAGGGACAAUUGCCAUGGAAGUCCUAAACCAGGUUCCCUUGGUAGAUGCACUGGUGGUACCUGUAGGAGGAGGAGGAAUGGUUGCUGGAAUAGCAAUUACAGUUAAGAAACCAUAGCAGAUGGUGUCAGAUCCAGCAUUGGCUUAAACACCUGGCCUAUUAUAAGGGACCUCGUGGAUGACGUCUUCACUGUCACAGAGGAUGAAAUUAAG